UACAAAGUGAAGCCACAUUGCCAAACUUGCAGCAGCGACUGCAGCAGUCGCCGCCGCCGCGCCUGAAGCCGAGCAGCUCGCGGGGGCCCCAGAGCUAGCCAACCAGCCAGCCUUGCAGCUGCUCGAGCGAAGCUGGAGGAGGAGGAGGAGGAGGAGGAAGAGAAAGAGGACUGAGACUGAACCCUCUGCUCCUGGGCCGGGCGGCCACUUCACUGGGGGGCACCCGACCCACCAAUAGAGCCGCGCAUUAAAAAAAAGAAAGAAAGAAAGAAAAAAGAUUACCUUGUCCCACCCCCUCCUCCUCCCCCCUUCCACUCCACUUCUGCAAGAAGAACUCGCCCCCUCCCUCCCUUCAUCCAUCCAUCCAUCCAUCCAUCCAUCCAUCCAUCCAUCCAUCCAUCCAUCCAUCCAUCCAUCCAUCCAGCUUCAUCAGUCCACCAGCCCCGGGGAAGCCCAGCGAGCGGCUCCACUGAGAUCUCGCAGCCGCCGCCGCCGCCGUUUUUUUGCAAUAUAGGGGAAAAGCAGACCAUGGUGAAUCCGGGCAGCAGCUCGCAACCUCCCCCGGUGACGGCGGGCGCCCUCUCCUGGAAAAGGUGCGCCGGCUGCGGGGGCAAGAUCGCCGACCGCUUCCUGCUCUAUGCCAUGGACAGCUAUUGGCAUAGCCGGUGCCUGAAGUGCUCUUGCUGCCAGGCUCAGCUUGGGGACAUUGGCACGUCCUGUUACACCAAGAGUGGUAUGAUCCUUUGCAGAAAUGACUACAUUAGGUUAUUUGGAAACAGUGGGGCGUGCAGCGCUUGCGGACAGUCCAUCCCUGCCAGUGAGCUCGUCAUGCGGGCGCAAGGCAACGUUUAUCAUCUGAAGUGUUUUACGUGCUCUACCUGCCGGAAUCGCCUGGUCCCGGGAGACCGGUUUCACUACAUCAAUGGCAGUUUAUUUUGUGAACAUGAUAGACCUACAGCUCUCAUCAAUGGUCAUUUGAAUUCACUUCAAAGCAAUCCACUACUGUCAGACCAGAAGGUCUGCUAAAAGGUCAGAGUAAUGCAGAAUGCGUGCCUUCAUCUCAAAUUUUGUUCAUCCCAGAUGGAUCCUGUGUGUCUCCAGUAGACAAGUCACCUUUGUAGCUAGCCCCAGCGCCAGCUUCAUACCACUGCACCUUCUUUAUUCCUGAUUGCCCUUCCCACAUUUAUUGGUGUAUUAAAAUGACUGAAUAUGAGCAUUAAGGACUCCAUGAACCUGGGCUAAUGGGAGACUGUAGAGAAUAUGAAAAAAAAAAAAGAUCCACCGGAGAGGAGGGGGCUAGGG